AUGAAGCCUAAUAGAAAAAAUGGCCUGAUCACAAAUACUCGACACCAGAAGGAUUUAAACCAUGCUAACUCGACCCAGAAACCAUAUGAACUAGAUCAGCAAUGUGUCUCUAGGUCACCACAUAAUCUUACAUUCAGUGCCAACGGAUCAAUUGAGACUAACGUCCAAGGGUUGGUGAAAGAAAACGAUCGGCCAAAAGUGGUCCUCCACAAUACGCAAUCUCUUGACAUGAAUCAACAAGUUUCUAAUUCCAAGACACCUUUUGCCCUUGAGCAACCCUCCGAAAUUAAAUCCAUCAACUCAAAGCUUCGCCCAACAGCUCCACAGAUCAGUUCAAGAGCUGCUGAGCUUAAGGCACAGUUGCUUGCGCGACGUGCUAGCUCCGUAAAUUCGCAGAAUAGGAAGUCAAGUCCUAACCUCACUACGAGUGGUGGGAAGCAGGAUCUACCUGCACGACCAAGCCCGAAAAUUAAAAAUCCCAAAGGAAAUUCAUCCGCCAAGAAGGAUAAAAAGGAGCUAAAUCUCAAUGAACUUAUCUUACAAUAUUCAGUCUCUGAACCUGCAGCUGAGCUGAAAUCUAACACCAAAGAACCUGCUAGAUCACCCCCAAAAUCUAAUAAUACCAAUGUAGAACCAAUGAUUCAAGAAUUGGUAGAAAAUAAUGAGCCUUCACAAAAAAAAAAUCUGACUAGUCAAGAGCCACUUACUGUCACAGAAAUUAAAGAUGACCUUCAGAAUAUACAGAAAGACUAUCAUGCAGACAUUGAACUCAAGGGAGCAGCCUCAGAUGCCUCUGAAGGCGAGAUUUUUGAGGAUGCGGAUACAGAAAAACAAGAACCUGAUUUACCCAAGCUAAUAGAUAAGAAGGAUAGUACAAAUAUCACGAGAUCUAGCGAUAACUCGUCCAGAAAUCAUCAUGGAGACACUCCGAUUGAUGUUCCUCAAUAUCGAGUCUUGGAAAAGGUUGGGAUUCGGCACAGUCCUCAUCCAGCUCCUUCAUUACAUUCGACACCAACAAUUCAGAAUAACAGGAUUGCAGAGACUGAUUAUCAUAGACAGAAGCAACCAUACUCAAUCGAGCAAAGUUAUGAGAUUUCUCAAAACCAAAAUUCAGGGAAACAAGAGCAUUUUCAACCUCCUCACUCGGGAUAUUAUAACAUGUCUGAAGUAAAAAUAGGAUUUGCUCGAGCUGAAAAUAGCAGAGAAAGGCUAAUCCCAGAGCCCAGACCAAUUUUCCCAUCACUUAUUGAUGAAUCUGUUCCUCAUAAUGCUGACUUGAGAGAAUGGCUAGAAAUUACCGGAUUUCACGAUGCACAGUACCGAAACAAAAUCUUAUCUCGACGAAGAGCUAUAGCGGCGCUCGAUGCUCAGAAAGAAAGGUUGCUUGCAGAAAUCGAAUCUGAGGUGCGAGGAAGUUUACCAACCGCCCUCAGAGCUCAGUUACCACCUUCAUCUAUGCUGCCUCCACCAAUACCUCGCUACAAGGCAGAGCACCAAAAUGAAACCAUAACAACGGAUACCACCACACCUCCUAUAAAUGAUGACUUCUACCGUGUAUCAUCGAAUAAACGUUUCUACAGUCAGAGUCAAGAGCCCCGGAUAGAUACUGGCCCUAGUAAGGUAGCGCGAAUUCAUGAAAAAAAUUAUGGCCCAAAAGUAAGGGAAGAGGAGAUUUUUGAUGACUGUCGCUCUAGGUUUGGUGGAUAUAGUAUCACCAAUCCGUAUAGCUUUAACCGCCAUGAUUGUGUAGUCCCACGCUAUCGCUUGAUGAGCUCAUCUAGCUUUCGCAAUUAUAACAAUUCGCAGGAAUGUUUAGUAGAUGAGCACAGGAUACCAACUCGUUUUGCAGUUUACGAAAACGAUUUCUAUGACGACGAAGAUAUUUCUGAAACUGGAUCUCGACCAGUUGAAGUGCGUGGAAAUUAUAGAGGUCGCUCAUUUGAUCCAAACCAUCGUGGCCGCGGACGGGGACGGGGACGAGGUGACUUACAAGAACUUCGCGGAAGUCCUGAACCGAGGCUUGGAGUUCCUUCUAGCACCAGAACAUCAAAUGGAAAGCCUAACAGGAACUUUACUGGCGGUAGUAGAGGAUCUAGAGGAGGUCUUUCGUAA